AUGGUGGUUUUUCUCGAUCAAAUCCCAUCGCUGACAAACGCAGGCAUGAGGCGUUCUAGACACAACAAUGCAUUACAAGUACAAGAUGAUUGGCCAAUCCGAAAGGCCCUCACACUUUCAGACGUUGACAUAACUCACCCCUUUCUCACUCUCCCUCGUCAGCCAGUUGAGACUUACAUCCUUGUCCAUCUAACACAGCUUGAACGCGAUCACCUUCUCAACAGAGAGCAAGUAGCCAUCAAUGCUCAAGAUGAUGACACUGGUGAUCUUUAUGUAAUGAAGUUAAAAUGGCGUGGAAGUUAUUACAAUCUGAUUGGCAAAUGGGGAAGAAUCGUACGUAGCAAAGGACUCGAUGUUGGAAAAGAGAUAAAAAUCCGUUGGUUUAAUGGAUGCCUACACUUUUCAGUCCCUCAACAACAAGUUCUUGCUAUUCCACCAUUGCAAAUCAUCCCUGCACCUGUACCCCAUCAUGAUCAAUGGCCAAUUAGGAAAGUUUUAACACUAUCUGAUGUGGACACAAACCACCCUUUUCUACCUUUAGCAAGAAGAUCAGUUGAAGACCAUAUUCUUGUCCAUUGGACGCCUCAACAAAGAGAGCUUUUGAGAAACGAAGAACAAGUCAAUUUGAACGCACGUGAUGUUGAUACAGGGGAUAUAUACGUGAUGAAGCUGAGGUGGCGUGGUAAUUAUUAUAAUCUAAUAGGAAAAUGGGGAAAGAUUAUCCGUAGCAAGGGACUAGGGGUAGGGAAAGAGAUCAAGAUAAGAUGGGCUAAUGGCUGCCUUCAUUUUUCUGUCCCUUAUGAACAGACUGUGGUCCCUACAACAAUCCCAGUGAUACAUCAUCAUCACCAAGAAGAAUGGCCAAUUAAAAAGGCUCUAACUUCAUCUGAUGUGGAUACAAAUCAUCCUUUCCUCACAUUACCUGGGAAAUCAAUUGAAGAUCAUAUUCUUUUGUAUUGGGCAUCACAGGCACGAGAGCAAUUAAGAAACGAGCUUCAGAUAAAUGUAAAUGCAAGAGAUUAUGACACGGGUGAUCUUUUUUUGAUGAAGUUGAAGUGUCGUGGGAGUUACUAUAAUCUUAUUGGAAAAUGGGGUCAAAUCAUCAGAGGGAAAGGGCUGCAAGUUGGACAGGAGAUUAGGGUUCGUUGGGAUAAUGGGUACUUGGUUUUUUCAGUUCCUCAAUGAUAUAGUAAUACUGAUAUCAGGUUAUUAGGUAGAAAAAUUGACGAAAGUACUCGAGUUACAUUACAUGCUC